ACCAGAGAAAAAGAUCAAUCAGGUGGGGAUGAAAAUCACCCUUUAAUUUAAGCUUCAUGAGCUAAAAGGUCCUUCUCUCCCAAAUCUCAACAUUUUUUAUUGUUAUUUUUUCUCAGAUCCAUAAAAAGUUCUCGAUCACCGCAUUGCGUUACUUACACUGCCAGUCUCUCUCUUUUAUUCUGUUCCAUUACCGAGAGACUGCGGAAAAGUUACCGGAAAAGCCGUACAGUUCGCUGUUUAUAAAAUCACUUCUCUGACACUCUCCGAUGCGAACACUGAACAGAAAAAAAUAACUUCUCUUAUAGAAUAAUUUUAUCAUAAUUUUAAACUUAAAAAUGGCAAUUUCAACAGUCCAGCUCCGGCAAUGCUUCAGGCCGUAUAGUAGUACGGCUUCUAACGCGGCCGGAGGUUCACCGUUAUUUCUACAUGCGCAAGUAACGCAUUCUUCGACGGAGUCUAACGAUUGGCGACGUCGUUUUGGUGCUGCUUGUUCACGUAAUUUACUGGUUGCGAGAGGUAAACAACAGAGUACUGAGAGUGAUCGUACUGUUGACGACCCUGUGGACAGUAUUGAUAGCAGUCAGGUUGCUGAAAUAGUUGAACCAGCAGUCUAUGUGCGUGACUUCACUGGAACAGCCUAUGUUCCUGUGUACGUGAUGUUACCUCUUGGUGUUAUUGAUAUGAACUGUGAGCUGGUUGAUCCUGAGGGUCUUCGAAAGGAUUUACAAGUCUUGAAAUCAGCCAAUGUUGACGGUGUUAUGACUGAUUGUUGGUGGGGAAUAGUAGAAGGUGAUGCUCCGCAGGUUUAUAACUGGAGUGGCUACAAAAAGCUCUUCCAGAUUGUGCGUGAAUUUAAUCUUAAAUUGCAGGUAGUUAUGUCAUUUCAUGAAUGUGGAGGCAAUGUUGGUGAUGAUGUACAUAUUCCACUCCCAAAUUGGGUGACAGAAAUUGGCCAAACCAAUCCUGACAUAUAUUUCACGGAUACAGAAGGAAGGCACAAUGCAGAAUGCUUGACCUGGGGAAUUGAUAAAGAACGGGUUUUGAGAGGCCGUACCGCUGUUGAGGUUUACUAUGACUAUAUGAGAAGCUUCCGGGUGGAAUUUGAUGAGUUCUUUGAAGAUGGAUUGAUCUCUGAGAUUGAAGUUGGAUUAGGUCCUUGUGGAGAGCUACGGUAUCCCUCCUAUCCUGCAAAGCACGGGUGGAGAUAUCCUGGUAUCGGUGAAUUCCAGUGUUAUGACAAGUACUUGAUGAAGAGUCUUAGCAAAGCAGCAGAAAAGAGGGGGCACUUAUAUUGGGCUAGAGGUCCAGAUAAUGCAGGUUCUUAUAAUUCUGCUCCACAUGAGAUUGGAUUUUUCCGUGAUGGAGGUGAUUAUGAUAGCUAUUAUGGAAGAUUUUUCCUGAAUUGGUAUUCUCGAGUUUUAAUUGAUCAUGGUGACCGUGUGCUUGCUCUGGCCAAUUUAGCUUUUGAAGGCACAUGCAUUUCUGCGAAGGUAUCCGGUAUUCAUUGGUGGUACAAAACGGCUAGUCACGCUGCCGAACUGACUGCCGGUUUCUACAACCCUUCAAAUUGUGAUGGCUAUGCUCCAAUUGCAGCAAUGUUAAGCAAGCACGGGGUUGGUCUCAAUUUCACAUGUGUUGAAAUGCGCACAUUGAAUCAACAUGAAGACUUUCCUGAGGCUUUGGCAGAUCCCGAGGGAUUAGUUUGGCAGGUGUUGAAUGCUGCAUGGGAUGCUUGCAUACCAGUUGCCAGUGAGAAUGCUCUUCCUUGCUAUGACAGAGAGGGUUAUAACAAGAUAUUAGAAAACGCCAAGCCUCUGCAAGAUCCAGAUGGUAGGCAUUUAUCAGCUUUUACCUAUCUCAGGCUCGGCCCUGAUCUCAUGGAGAAGCGUAAUUUCAUAGAGUUUGAACGAUUUGUCAAGAGAAUGCACGGGGAUGCAAUUGACUGAUGAGGAGAGCUGCUGCAUAUGAGUUGAAUAUCCUUAUGCAUUCACUGUAAAUUACAAAUGUAAUAUGAGAACAUAUUUAUAUGAAUAAAGGUAACUAACUACUGAGGGUAAAUACAGGCACUAAAGGUGCAUAUUUGCUCUUCCUCUUAGUAUCUUCAUACAAUUUGUAAUGCUUGAACUAUAGAACUCAGUGUCAGUGAAAUAGCCGUGCUUAAUUAUUUUCUCUUCCUAAUGGACUGUUAUCUAUUUUUUGA